AUGUGGACUGACAGCAGUGCUGCUCAAGAUGGAGCAUCUCAAGCCAAUAAGAUUGCAGGCAGGAGGAAGAGAACCAGUUUCACCAAAGAGCACUUGGAGCUGCUCCGCAUGGCUUUCAGUGUGGAUCCGUAUCCUGGCAUCAGUGUCAGAGAGAGUCUUUCUCAAGCCACCGGCCUUCCAGAGUCACGCAUUCAGGUGUGGUUCCAGAACAAGAGAGCAAGAACCUUGAAGAACAGGGCCACUAGGACCUCACCUCAAUUAGAAGCUGCUUCUCCUCUGCCCAGCCCCUUCCUGCCGCCUCACAUGGUUCAGCCAAGAAGCAUGACAGAAGCAUCCUUUAACAUCACUCAGUCUCAGCUGAAAGAAGAUGGUGAACAGGACUGCUUUUUUACUGACUUGUCUUCACAAAGUUUUGGCUUCCCAUUGAGUGGCACCUACUGCAGUACUCCAGCCACCAGGCCCCGACAAGACAGGCUGAUGGGCACUAGCGUGAGUCCUUCUCCUCUUCCUUCUGAUUUGGAGGUUACUCCAGUCGGCUGGGGCUCCCUGAAAGCGCAGUCUUCACCAGGUUCUCUAUGGAGCCCAGCACUUCAAGGCAUUGGAAGCAGUGUCAUGGAUGAGAGUCAAGUCUUUCUCUACCCACCACCUCCUUAUCCUCAUGGCAGUGCCAUGGCUGGAUGUUCUGGAGGUCUGAAGUCGUUCUCCGCCUCCCCUGGUUCUCCUGAUUCUGCAUUUUGGGAUAUGGGACUGGAUAACUCCUCUCCAUCUGUACCUUACUCUCAGGGAGGUACUGUGUGGAAUGAGCCUGCUCCGGAGCAGCCUUUGGCCCCACUGCCUAAUCUGUCUUCCCAGUGUCUGGAGGAAGUCCUCGGAGAGAUUGAGCCAGGUUGGUGGAAGAUCAACGGACAAAUGGAGCUUCAGUAG